UUGUCCGGCACAACAUCGGCGUAACUCGAAUGACAGAUACACAUUGAUGCGAGAGUAUUUAUUUUCAAAAGUCUGCGAAAAUCAAGACCUACAAUUUAAUUUAUUAUGGCUGGAGAAGUGGUUGUCGACGCGUUGCCAUAUAUUGAUCAAGGAUAUGACGAACCUGGCGUUAGAGAAGCUGCGUUGGCGAUGGUAGAGGAAGAGACACGUCGUUACAGACCGACAAAGAAUUAUUUAGAACAUCUAUCACCUCUUAAUAUAACCGCAUUUGAAACAGAAGUUAUGAAACAUGAAUUCGAGAGAAUGCAGAAUCGUUUGCCAAUGGAGGUGCUUAGUAUGAAGCGUUACGAGUUACCACCACCUCCUUCUGGCAAGUUGAACGAUUUAGCUGCGUGGAACGAGAGUGUGGAAAACAGCAGCGCACAAUUAGAGCAUCAGGCUACUCGAAUCUGUAACUUGGAACUGAUGAUGGAAUUUGGCUGUGAAGCUUGGAAAUCUUACCUGGAAGUGUUGGUUCAGCUAGUAGGACAGGCUCAGAAACAGCUGCAAACGUUGAGGAAAAAGAUUCAAGAAGUUAACUGGCAAAGAAAGUCAAUGCAGACACAAGGAGGUGACAAACUGAGAGCUCUAGAAGCGCAAUGGGUCGGUUUGGUUUCUAAAAAUUACGAGAUCGAACAAGCUUGUGUACACUUGGAAGAGGAAAUACAGAAAGUAAUAAUAAACAAGGAAGCUGUGGAGAUCAAUGAUGUGCCAGGCGAAGAGGGACCUGAUGUGCCGGAAAAAAGUGCCACAGACUCUAUGGCGUUACAGAUGCAGCAGCAGGAAAAUCCAGACACUUAAUAAUAAAAUUAUUACAUGUAAUAUAUUAAGGAUUGAUUAUAAAUAAUAUAAUGUGAUGAUUGAUGAUAAAUUAUGUAAUGUUAAAUUUUUGUGUGUAUGACUGUAAAAUUAACCCUUCGUCCGUAGACCAGGUCUUCUAGACCCACUCAAAAAUCGACAUUUCUAGAAAAAGUAAGUUUUUUUUAAAACGCUUAUAUCUUUGAAACUACUGAGAUUUUUUCAAUCUGUUUUUUUUUUUAUC